UGGAUGUCAAGUAUGGCCUCGGUAAAGGAGCGAGUUGUAGACUGCGGAACUUCAUAAUGCGUUAAGGAUUAGCAGGAAUAAAUAUGGCUUCAACUUCUGGUGCAUUAAAAGAAUUAUUACUUGAUAUGGGACGGUUUCUUGCAGAAACCCUAGUCGACGAGUCUCUGUCGUCCAAAGCAGAAAUGCAGAGGGCUGGGUUGCUGCAGCGCUUGGAGCCCCACAUUCGGCUGUCCGGCGCUGACGUCACCGUCUCUCCAAACACUCCACCACCUUACCUCGACAUGAAUGGACCCAAAGGUGCUCGUGAAGAGUAUGUAGAUGCCGAAGUGAAUACUAAUAAAGUGGAGGAAGAAUAUGAAGAAUUUCCAGAACUGGGACCACCACAAAUUCCCAUAAGAAUUCCAAUUGACAGCCAAUCAUCUUCUACUUCAUGUUCAGGCCAUUCUGAGGACUAUGUCAACUUAUCACUUCCAUAUAGUGAACUCCAGACAAUGUCUAAUAAGUGUGGACCACUGUGGCGCAAAGAAAAGUUUAUCUUCUUAGAUCAGUGGCGACGGUGUUGGGCAGGAAUCUAUGGCCACGUUGUGCUCAUAUACAACUCUGAACGUGAUGUUAAACCAAGCAGUUCUUUUGACAUACGGGGGUUUGAAGCCCGUCCUCUAACUGCCAACAGUCAAAAGGACCCUAAAAGGAAAGAUUCAGCAUUUGAGAUUAUAUGUCCAGGGAAGAAAACUUAUCAGUUUAUUGCACGAACUGCCAAAGAUAUGUGUCAAUGGGUAGCUGCCAUUGGUCUAGCAAGCAGCCAGCCAACUCCUACAGUACCAGUUCGUGUGCCUGACAAAGCUAUAGUUGGUAGACGGCAGUUGCCUUCGCUUCCAGACUCUGAUAGUGAAACAUAUGAUGAUGUUGGCUCAACAAUAAAGUCUGAUGAUGGGCAACAGAAUUAUGAACCUCUUCAAUCUGACGAUGAAAUUUAUCACGAUAUUUCAGAUGUAUACCAAAGAGGAUUAAAAACUGAACCAUCAUCUGAGUCUGAAGUGAAACAAAUAGAAGAGGAGCCACCAGUGCCACCUAGACGAACAGUCCCUCCUGUUCCUCAAGAGGAUCCAUUAGACCAAGAAGUAAUGUAUGAUGACGUUGGUGUUGUCAGUUCUGAUAGCACAUACUAUAAUAUGGUUGGUGAUGGUGCAGAACAGUUGCAAUUGGAAGAGCCUGAAAAGUCCAAGGCAAUAAACAAAGUAGGUGAAGAAGAUGAGGAAGAUGGUGAAGAUAUUUAUGAUGAUAUUGGUGUUACUGAACAAGCCCCUGAAGCAAUAAAAUUGUCAGCCUUUCGUUGGGAAGGUUCUGGAGGCAGUGGAGGUCGUAUCCAACAUAUUAUCAAGAAAAUGGAAGCAUCACUUGGCAAUGGAAACAAAUCUACUGUUGCAAACCAUCUAAAAUCUACACCCAUAAAAAAUACAGAUUCUGAAGAAUUGUAUGAGCCAAUUGAGACUGGUGCAGUGGAAAUACCUCAUACACAGCCUGAACUACUGACAUACUCCAGUACUGUUCGAUAGUGCAUGACUGUGAGUGUUUUUUUAUUAUAGAUCUCAUCCUGUGAGUUCCAUUGACAAUUGUGCAACAGGGUUAUAAGUUCCUAUACCUGCCUGCCAGUGAAGUUUAUUAGUUUUAAAUUUAAACUACUGGUGCAUGCUGAUGGAUAGAAGGUAACCUGCUCAUGAAAGACAUAAAUUUAAUUUCAGCAGCUAUCUUUCAAGAAUUCUUAUAGUUCUCAGAUUUACUAUAUACAAGAUUUUUCAAAACAGAUGUUCCAGUUUUAGUUGUAUUUAUUCAAUAUAACAGGCAAAAAAUAUCAAUGUGGUGGCCCCCCACUCUGUACAAAAACCUUAAAAUCGUGUAGGAAUUGAGAUUCUCGCAGAGGCGGCGAAGAAGAUUUCUGUCUUCUGGGAUAUGACGCUGUGUAUUCUGUUGAAAGUCCGCCGAUGUUUCAGAGGAACAUGUUGUCACCAUCUUCAGGGUUGAAGUGUAAGUCAAACAAGAAACCAGCAGGAAACAAACAGAGCCUCUUUCUUGGUUUACUUUUCAGCCAUGGAAAUGGAGGUAACAUGUUCCUCUGAAACAGCAGCUGACUUACAAUGGAUUACAUGACAUUAUGUUCCAGAAGAUACUACUUGUGUAUUUAAAAAUACAUCUCUAAUUUUUUUCUGUGUUCAUAUUCCAUAUAAGAUUCUAGAAAUAGUUUAACAUGUGUGCCAUUCCACUACCUUCAGUUUAAUAAAUCACCAUAUGCUGGCUUUGCAUAACACUGAUAUGUGUUUUGGUAUUUCUGGGGUUAGUGUAAGCAUGUGAAAGAGAGAAAAAGAGGAUCCACAUGCACAUGCUCACACACAUGUAUACGUAUAUGAAAAAAAUUAAUGGAAACCAAAUAUAUUCCCUAAAACACAGAAAUAUUGCAAAUCUAUGUGCUUUGACUAUGAUGAUAUUAAAUGGAAAUAGAUUCUUUACAGUUUUCUCUCCUUAUUUCUGAGAAAGAAGUGUUGAGUCAUUUGUCUCUCAGUGUUUGAGAAAUGUUUAAAUUAGUAAAUAUUGAGAAUUUGUUGGUUUUACCACUCUUCACACUAUGUGAAAUUAUCAAACUCUCCUUUUAUGAGUGUUGAUUUCCGUACAUUAUGGAGUGUCAGACUAAGCCUCAAAGAUGAUGGAAGAACUUAAGGCAACAUAAUAUAAUAAUAAUAAGAAAGAAGCAAUCAAUGGAUAACUUUGUGGUCUGAUACAUGAAGAACAUAUAAAACAUGGUUUCAACAAAUUUUAUCAAGAUUUUUGUGCUCCUUAUAUUCAUAGUUCUGUUUCAUUUUCACAGUGCUCUCAAUUAGAAGAUUUCCUUUUGGCUUUCAUUCACGUGUACUGUGCCAGUAUUAAGUUGGAAAUAGAUUCAACAGACCUAUAUAAGACCUUUUACAGAAAUUACGCCAUGUGGCGCGUAUGCCUAGAUACGUGUAUUUUGAUAAUUCCUAUAAACACAUGUUUAUAUAAUUACAAUAAAAUUAAAAUCUCAAGUUUUGUAUAUUGUGUCAUAAGUUUUUUAAUAUUUCAUAUUUAAUGAAAACUUGAAAAUGUCUGUGUUCUAAGAUAUUGUACCUGCUUAUUCAGGAGGAAGAAUAAUAAGUUUUAAGUUGUAUAUUUUUGGUCAAAUUAAAUAGCAUCUGCUAUAUACAAAUAAGAAAGUAUGUUAAUGAAUUAAUUUGCUGGGAAAAACAUUUUCUGAAUAACAAAACUAAGUGACUCUAAGCAUUAAAUGGUGUGUGUCCAAGUCUGCUAAAAAUUAUUUUUUUAAUAAGAAUAAUGGAAUAAAAUGCCAAUAUAGGG